CUCAGCGGCCACCCCUCCUAUAUAUUCAUCUCUUCCUCAUCAUACCGCCCCACUCCACUCCACUCCACUCCACUCAUCAACUACAGAAGAGAGUCUCACUCUGCUCCGACACCGCUUCGACAUUCACAUUCACAUUCACAAACAGAUUCGAUGACUGGUGCGGCCAUCAAUAAAACCCACAGCCCCACGGAUAGGACCCGUUGGCGUCUGCGCGCCGACGAGGGCAGGCAGACCUGGCACUACCUCACUGAGGAGGAGAGCAAGGCCAACCCACAGACGGACACUGACAAGUACUGGCUCGAUCUCAAGCUGGACGCACCAACACUGCCAAAGGCAACGACCGCACUCGAGGCUGCCAGAAACGGAUUCGAAUUCUUUAAGCGCCUCCAGAAUGAGGAGGGCUUCUGGCCGGGAGAGUACGGUGGACCGAUGUUCUUGCUCCCCGGACUGGUCAUCACAUACUAUGUCACCGGCGUCAAAUUUCCCGAGGGAUGGUCUCAGGAGAUCAUUCAGUACCUGUUCAACAGGGCUGACAAGGAGGACGGAGGAUGGGGCCUGCACAUUGAAGGCCACUCCACCGUCUUCGGAACCGCACUCAACUACAUUGCCCUUCGUCUGCUGGGUGUUGACGCCGACCACCCCGUCUGUGUGAAGGCUCGUGGAACAUUACACAAGCUUGGCGGCGCGACCGGAUCACCGUCCUGGGGCAAAUUCUGGAUGGCAGCACUGGGCGUCUACGACUGGGAGGGCAUGAACCCUGUCCCACCCGAGCUCUGGCUGUUGCCCCACAUCCUCCCCUUCCAUCCCGCACGUUAUUGGUGCCACACCCGCAAUGUCUACAUCUCCAUGAGCUAUCUCUACGGGCGCCGUGCUACCCCUCCACUGACGGAUCUUACAAGACAGUUGCGUGAGGAGUUGUAUACGCAACCCUAUGAUACCAUCGCCUGGCACCAGCAGCGGAACAACAUCUGUAAGGCGGAUGAGUAUUAUCCUCAUACACGCCUGUUGAAUUUCCUGAACAGGGGGUUGGUCCUGGCGGAGAAGGUGACUGGAAGCGUUGGUCUACGUGCGGCUGCGCUCAAGGCGGCGUAUGUACAGGUCAAGUACGAGGAUGAGAACACACAUUACUUGGAUAUCGGACCUGUCAACAAGAUGAUGAACACGUUGUCGACGUUUUAUGAGGAGGGCAAAGAUUCGGAGGCUUUCCAGAAGCACGUCAAGAACAACAUUGAUUUUAUGUGGAUGUCUGGCGGAGGAAUGAUGAUGAACGGAACCAAUGGUUCGCAGCUCUGGGAUACUGCCCUGUUGAUCCAGGGCGUAAUCGAGUCUGGAUUGGCAAAGGAGCCACAGAAUCACGAGGCUAUGAAGAAGGGUCUCAAGUUCUUGGAUGACUGCCAGAUCAAGAAGAACCCGCCCUUCAUGAAGGAGGGAUGGCGUGAUCCUACCUUGGGUGCUUGGCCCUUCAGCAACAAGUGGCAAGGGUACACCGUCUCGGACUGCACUUCCGAAGGUCUCAAGGCCGUCUUGCUCCUCCAGGGCAAGCUCAGCUACACGGAGGUACGCGUGUCUGACAAGAGACUGGAGCAAGCUGUCGAUAUCGUGCUGGGCCUGCAGAACAAGAACGGAGGUUUCGCCUCAUACGAAUCCGUCCGUGGUCCUCAAUGGCUCGAGUGGAUCAACCCCGCCGAGGUCUUUGGAAACAUCAUGAUCGAGUACACCUACCCUGAAUGCUCGACCGCCUGUGUCCUCGGAUUGACCUACUUCAGAGAGCAGCGUCCCAAUUAUCGCCGCGACGAGAUUGAUGCAACAAUCGAACGCGCGAUCCAGUUCAUUUUGAAAGACCAGCGCGCAGACGGAUCGUGGUACGGCUCCUGGGCCAUCUGCUUCACGUAUGCGACCAUGUUUGCCUGUGAGAGUUUGAGCAGCGUUGGACUGAGCUACAGCAACAGCGAGGCCGUCAAGAACGCCUGCGGCUUCCUGCUCUCGAAGCAACGCGCCGACGGCGGCUGGGGCGAAUCUUACAAGUCCUGCGAACAGCACCGCUAUAUCGAGCAUAAGGACACUCAAGUCGUCCAGACCGCCUGGGCCCUGAUGGCCCUCAUGGCCGCCAAAUGCCCCGACCACGAGGCCAUUAAGCGCGGUAUCCGCAUGAUCAUGUCGCGUCAACAGCCUGACGGCCAGUGGAAGCAGGAGGCCAUUGAGGGUAUCUUCAACCACUCAUGCUCGAUUUCCUAUCCAAACUACAAGCACAUCUUCACCAUCUGGGUUCUGGGUCGCUACGCCAAGACCUAUGGAGACGACCUUUGAAGCACAACCAUAAAACAAUAAAGUUGCAUAGAUUCAUAUAGAUAAUCUUUUCAGAGAGG